GGUCUCUGUGGCCUCUGGCCCCAGCUCAGGGAUGUGACCUCCCCUGGCCAGGAGGGACCUGCCUGCACGGGCAUCUCUAGCUCCAUGGCAGUGGCAGUCUCGGGCCUCCUCCUGGGGGCCCUCGCUCUGCUGCUGCCCGGGAGCCUGGGGAGCCUCCGAGGUUCCAGGAGGCGACUGUACGAGUGUCACUGUGUUAGGGACCCGGAGCCCAGGCCUGCCUGGGGAGGCCGAGGGCCUGCGGAGGAGGCUCCGGGAGCUGCUGGGAGGUGGGGUUCUGAGCCGGCAAACUGGGACCACAGGGCAGAGCACUCCACCUGGCCGACGACAGGGUCCCCAGGGGACCUGAGCCACCUGCCAGUGCCCCUGGGCACCCCCUGGACCCCUGGGCUCCGUCAGGCUUUGGCAGGGACCUUGGGGACUCAUCUCCCACCUGCCCCUGCCCCCACACGUCAGCUUGUGUCCUGCCUCCGCUUCCCCUCUCAGCACCCGUGUGGCAGGGCCCAGGGCGGGACCUCAGAGUCAGGCUGUGGGGCUCCCACUAGCUGUGGGACCUCAAGGUCCUCGCUCUAACUGGGUGUCGCCCUCCCCGAGGGUGUGCUUGGAUCGGUGCUCGCUGGGGCAUCAGGCGCCCAGAGCGCAGUGAAGGCUGCUGUCCCUUCUGUUCCCCGGGGUGAGGCCACCCUCUGUCUUCCAAGACUCGGCUCCUGCGUGCCCUCCCCGGCCUGCGCGUCCAGUCCCCUCCCUGCGCCUCUGGCUGCACCGUCCCCACAUGCAUCUCCCGGGACGUCCAGGGACCAGACUCCAAACAGAGUCUCGUCUGCCCGUCUGCAGGCUGGUGGCCACUGCCCUCUCCUUAGCGCCCCUGGACCCCCCAGCGUCCUGGGGCCUCACCUACAGACGGGGCAGUGAGUGAGGGCAGCGUGGCGCCUGGCACGGUGCCUCACAGGCUGGCCGCGGGCCUGUGGACAGCAUGGUCUUCAGCGCGGAGAUGCAAGCGGUGGGAGCAUGGCCUUGGCAGCCCUGGGGGAGGGGGUACUGUGCCAGGGCCGGGCGGAGGGCGCCGCAGCGGGGCUGGUGCCCUUGUGAGGCUGGGCACGGGCCAGAGGAUUGGAGUAGGUGCCUGGUGCCCACUCUGUGCCCUCCCGUACGACCGCCUGAGGAGGCUCUGGGCAUCGUCACUGACCCUUCUGGAAUCUUCUCUCGUGCACCAUGAACAUCUCUCACUUCCUGGCCUUGCUGCUCCCAGGAUCCCCGCAGGGUCAGAACAGGAGCAAAUUGAGGGGCGUUCCCUACAACUUCUCCGACCACUGCCAGGAUUCUGUGGACCUGAUGGUCUUCAUUGUCACCUCGUACAGCAUCGAGACCGUCGUGGGCGUCCUGGGCAACCUCUGCCUGAUAUGUGUGACCAUCAGGCAGAAGGAGAAAGCCAACGUGACCAGCCUGCUCAUCGCCAACCUGGCUUUCUCCGACUUCCUCAUGUGCCUCAUCUGCCAGCCGCUCACGGCCGUAUACACCAUCAUGGACUACUGGGUGUUCGGCGAGGCCCUUUGCAAGGUGUCGGCAUUCAUCCAGUGUAUGUCGGUGACGGUCUCCAUCCUCUCACUUGUGCUCGUGGCCCUGGAGAGGCAUCAGCUCAUCAUCAACCCGACCGGCUGGAAGCCCAGCAUCUCCCAGGCCUACCUGGGGAUUGCGGUCAUCUGGCUCACCGCCUGCUUGCUCUCCCUGCCCUUCCUGGUCAACAGCGUCCUUGAGAAUGUCUUUCACAGGAACCACUCCAAGGCCGUGGAGUUUCUGGCGGACAAGCUGGUUUGUACGGAGUCGUGGCCGCGGCACCACCACCGCAUCGUCUACACCACCUCGCUGCUGCUCUUCCAGUACUGCGUGCCGUUGGCCUUCAUCCUGGUCUGCUACGCGCGUGUCUACCGGCACCUGCGGAAGCGGAAGCGGGUAUUCCGCAAGGGCACCUACAGCUCGCGGGCUUGGCAGAUGAAGCGGAUCAACGGGAUCCUUGUGGCCAUGGUGGUUGCCUUCGCCGUGCUCUGGCUGCCCCUGCAUGUGUUCAACAGCCUGGAGGACUGGUACCACGAGGCCAUCCCCAUCUGCUAUGGCAACCUCAUCUUCCUGGUGUGUCAUCUGCUUGCCAUGGCCUCAACCUGCGUCAACCCUUUCAUCUACGGCUUUCUUAACACCAACUUCAAGAAGGAGGUCAAGGCCCUGGUGCUGACGUGUCAACAGAGCGCCCCCGUGGAUGAAUCCGAGCACAUGCCCCUGUCCACGGUGCACACGGAGGUCUCCAAAGGGUCUCUGAGGCUCAGUGGCAGGUCUAACCCCAUUUAGCCAACGGGGCCGGGGCCUCUCCCUGCCGUGUCCGUCGCCGAGCCUCUGCACCCAGCUACGUGGGCCGGUCGCAUCCUUACCGGCACCGCUUCUGGCAUUCUGGCGGCACUCCAUUAUUCCUGGCUUUCUGGAGCCCGGAGGGGCCAGCAAGGGUUUUGCAACCAUUUGCGUUGUGAAGCCUGCCAUUCAGAUGGUCCAGCCGUCUGUUCCUGGGAGAAUUCUGAGUCGCAUUCCGCAGGUCGCAGUAGGCCUUACAGCCUGCGCAGGUGCCAGGCCAGAGAUGCUCUGCGCGUAGCGGCAGACUUCAUUCUAACUGACAAACAGACGCUCAGCCUGGGGACACAAGGGUUUCGCCUCUGCCAGGUCCCUGGUCUGUGAGGUCCCUGUGGGGUGAGGGAAGGAGCCCAUGGGGUCACAGCUCUGGACCUCGGUCAACCCCUCUCCUCCGGGAGAGGUGAUGCUGGUGGGCAGGCUUCGUAGGCGGUGAGGACGUCUCUGACGACAAGAUAGAGGCAUUACUGUUCCGUGAUAGGCACAUCCCGAGGCAGAGCAUGGACCCCGGUCACCUUGGGUCCUCACGCUCCUCUACAGGGGAAAGUCGGCCCCGGGCAGCAGGAUUCCAGGAUUCACACUCCCUCCACCUUUCUCUUUCACGGCCUCUGCCACCAUAUGUGGAAACGGGCCUACACGUAUCUCCCCUUGAUAGGCACCCUGGGGGGCAUCUGCACUGUCACAGAACUUGUGCUCCAUCCCGAGGACAGGCCCUGCUGCAGGGACAGGGCCCCUGCCGGUGAACGUGGCACAUGCGCCCCCGCCGAGUGCUCAGCUGAGCACAGGUGCGUGGCGGCCCGGUCCAGCACGGGCAGGGCUCUCUGACCUGCCCUUCCCGGCCGACAGGACUUCUCUUGACAAGGCCGCAAGCCCGGGACUCUGUGACCCUCCACAGCGUUGACCACUGCCAGGCCGACAGCGCUCAAGGCUGGGACCCCGGCCUCCUUCAUUGCACUCUCUGACCGCUAAGCUGAUUUGCUCUGGGCGAUGUGCACGGUCGUCCCAAAGCCUCACCAAGCCUUCCGUAGGGGUAGGGGCCAGGGGUUCCUUAGUGUGGCUUAAUGGGAUGCUGGCUGAAAGGAGUAGGGGUCCCCCUUCCUCCAGCCCACUGGGGGCAAUGGAGGAAGGGCUACACUGACCAUGACUGUCUCCCCAUGGAGGUCAUGCCCCAGUCCUCGCUGCUGGGCCAGAUCUGAGGACUUGUCAUCGUGCAGACCCGUCAGGCAGGCCAGGAUCGUGUCUGGGCCACUUGUGGCGGGUCCCGGGCUGGCUCCUGCCCCGCAGACCCACCCAUGCUCUGGCACAGCGGCAGUGGCUAGACCCACUGUGGCCUGGGGGCCUGGAGGAGUCUCACUCUGAGGCUGACCAAGACCUCGUGUAGCCGACACCCAAGACCAGUGCUCUUAGAGCCACUAGCUCCCUUCCCGGAGCUGUUUGUUUCACCCCAGCCUUUGCUCACAUCUCUCAUUCCGUCCCUCUGUUGACCUUUACCCUGGCUUUUGGGAUAGGUUUUGAGCCAGCCUAUUGGGCGCAGCUUGUGGUUGUCCUCUGGUGCCAUCUGCUGCUGGCUGCUCCCUGUAAGCCCCUGCCAGCCAAGCCCAGGCCCUGGGCUCAUCCCGGCAAGAUGUCGUUCGCCAGGCCUCCCAAAGAAUUUGGGGGCUUCAGGCCCCUGCAGAGCCUGUGCCAUUGUCUGGAGUCGUUGUCUCAUUGCCUAUUGCAGUGGGGGUGCUUGGGGAUAAGGAUGCUUUAGGGUGCCUAUGUGCUUGAGGACAGGGGAACCGGGCUGGGCAUCUGGCAUUAGGACUUGGGGUAGUUGGUGAAAACUUUGUUGAGCAUCUUCUGUGCUCCCCUCGACUUGCUCGGGUUGGCACAACCUGCCCGGAUGGUUUUUUGCACUCCCAGGUCCUCAUGGCCCUUGGAGUUGUCUGGUUCCCCGGCCCCCUAGGACUUUGUUGCUCAAACUAUGCUCAGCAGACCAGCAGCCUCAGCAUCACCCGGCGCUUGUGGCCAUUCAGGAUCUCGGUUCCCACGUGAGGCCUGUGCGGCCAGAAUCCUCAGGUGAUUAAUAUCUCCAAGUCAGCGGUGCACAUGUUUGAGGGUGAGAAGCUCUGCUCCAUCCACGGUGGGAUCUCGACGAGCGCCCUGGGAGCCCUAGCUCUGGAGAUGGGCUUGCGGUGGUGCUGCCGAAGAGGUGGCUCGUUGGCCGCGCUUGUUUGUCUCUUCUCCAUCUGCAUGCGGACGUAAUUCUUGUGACACCUUCUCAUUCCUUCAAUAAAUAUUUGCUGAAUGA